AUGGAGCGCGACGUGUUUGGGCAGCGGCAGCGAGCCGCACGGCCGCCGAGCCGCGUGCUGAGCCAUGCAUCGCGGGUGUAUGUGAUGCCACAGAUGCUGGGCGCGGAAGAGGUGCAGGCGGUGGAACUCGAGGCGGCCGGGCUUGGCGCAGUCGUGUGUGACGUACGCGACGAUGCGAAUAUCCUGCUCACUGGCAUGCGUGCGCCACGGCGGAUCGAGCGGCACACGUCCGAAAUUGAGCGAGUACGUACUACUGCUCACAAGACCUCGAAACCGAUUGUAAAUGUGGCAUGGCUCGAGGCAUGCGCGAACGAGGGCGUAUGUGUAGACAUGGCCAAGUUUGUGGUGAUGGAGAUGACAAUUGAAACGACAGAGGCGACCAAGAAAGAGCAAGAGGGACCCCCGAGCAAGGCCCAAAGAGGUCCCAGCCCCACCGACUCGGAUACCGAGACCGACACGUCGCACGACUCACUUGAAGAGUCGAGCACUGAGGAUUCCCCUGCAAGCCGAUUUACGCUUCCGCAGGCCGACUUGCCUACCAAAGACGGCGUCGCCGAUCCGCCCGACGAGGCCACAGACGCCGAGGCAUGGCGCAAUGCGCCAGCGUGGCAAAAUACCGAGUCUGCCCUCUACCGCCCUACGCCCCUGCAGAGUAUACACAACCAGCCCUUGGUAGACGAGCUGCAGCUCCUGCGGAGGCACCGCCGGCUGACGACCGACAUGUACAGCGAGAUGGCUUACAUGCGCGCAGCGGCCGCCGUCAAGGCCCUGCCCUAUGCCCUUGCCUCGGUGCCCUACGAGACACUCUCGACAAUCAAGGGUAUCGGAAGCAAGAUGGCGACCGUCAUUCGCCAGUUUUACCAGCUUGGCAAGAUUGCCGAAGCCGAUACAAUCCGCGCGGACGCCGCUGUGCAGACGAUGCUCAGCUUUACGACUCUCUACAGCAUUGGCCCACGCACCGCCGAGCGCGCGUACAACGAAGGCUGCCGUACGCUCGAGGAUCUCACGCGCCACAAGUCUACCGAGCUGUCCACGCACCUCGGCGUCGCCGAGAGCCUUGCGCUGCUCCCCGACUUGGAGCAGCGCAUUCCCCGAGCUGAAGUCGAGGACAUUGCAAGCAAAGUACGUACAGUCGCUCACCAGAUCAUGCACGAGCUGCGCACCAUUCUUCCGCAUGCGGUCGGUGCGAUCGCCGGGAGCUACCGGCGCGGUGCCGCUUCUUCCGGCGACGUUGACCUGGUCGUGACGCACGGGCCAACGGAUACCAUGUCGCCCGGCACAGCGCUGCGCAUGCUCGUCGAGCACCUGCGUGCAUCCGGCCAUGUCACACACACCGUCUCUGUUGCGCGGCGGGCACAUACCGACAAGCAGCUCGAAGAACACGGUGUGGACGUCGCGCAGCUCGUCUACCGCUGCACGCCCACGUCUGUGCACCGCCGCGUCGACAUUGUCUUUGCGCCCCGCGCGCAGUACGGUGCAGCGCUCCUCGGCUGGACCGGAAGCGUGCUGUACGAGCGCGAUCUGCGCCGUGCCGCCCGUGCGAAAGGCUACGUGGUACGUCGUUCUUCUCACCAGUUUGCCGCCACGGGCCUGACGCGCAUCGACGAUCCCGCACCGCUCGACACGCCCACCGAGCAGAGCAUUUUUUCGAUGCUGGAUAUCCCUCGCAUACCCCCGCGUCUUCGCAAUGCAGACUAG